GUCUGAGACUCACAAAACAACUCUGCCUAGCAGCUGAGAAGAAGCAAAGCGAGGCAACUUCAACAACAGGCUAACGCCUCCAAGAGCAAAGAGCCAGUCCAACCGCCAGACAGCUAGUCCGACAGCAGCCUCCCCAGGCAAGACAGGAAAGAAACAAAGGAAGAAGAAGGAGAAACCUAUCUACCGCGACUCACCUCCUCUGCCACUCACCUUCAACGAGAUCCUUGAGAUCAGACUCGCACAUCAGACCUGAGCAUAGACAAGCCGGAGGCGCUGUCUGCUCGCUCGUUUCUCCCCAUCCCGGAGCAUCGCUGGUCCAGUCGCCCAUUAACUUUCACUAUUCUCGGAGAGCAGCUCUUGAAGAUGUCCGCAGGGAGAAUGGGACCCAUGAGCUUCGCCUUCGUGUUCCUGCUCACCUUCUGCAACCGGGAGAUAGCCGGCCAGGACUGCAGCGGGCAGUGUCAGUGUGGAGCUGGACCGCCACCAGAGUGCCCAGCCGGCGUGAGCCUGGUGCCAGACGGCUGCGGCUGCUGUAGAGUGUGCGCCAAGCAAUUGGGCGAGCUGUGCACCGACCGGGACCCCUGCGACCCUCACAAGGGCCUCUUCUGUGACUUUGGCUCUCCAGCCAACCGCAAAAUUGGAGUGUGCACCGCAAAAGACGGCGCCCCAUGUGUCUUUGGAGGCAUGGUGUAUAGGAGUGGAGAGUCCUUUCAGAGCAGUUGCAAAUACCAGUGCACGUGCCUGGAUGGAGCAGUGGGCUGCGUGCCCCUCUGCAGUAUGGAUGUCCGCCUGCCCAGUCCAGAUUGCCCCUUCCCCCGAAGGGUGAAACUUCCUGGUAAAUGCUGCGAGGAGUGGGUGUGUGAGGAACCCAAGGACAAAGACCGGACUGCAGUUGGACCAGCCCUAGCCGCUUUCAGACUGGAAGACACUUAUGGCCCUGACCCAACUAUGAUUCGUGCCAACUGCCUGGUCCAGACCACAGAAUGGAGUGCCUGUUCAAAAACAUGUGGUAUGGGCAUCUCUACCAGAGUCACCAACGACAAUGCCUUCUGCAGACUGGAAAAGCAAAGUCGUCUGUGUAUGGUCAGACCCUGUGAAGUUGCCCUGGAAGAGAAUAUCAAGAAAGGCAAAAAGUGUAUCCGAACUCCCAGAAUCUCUAAGCCUGUCAAGUUUGAGCUUUCUGGAUGCACCAGUGUGAAGACCUACCGGGCUAAGUUCUGUGGGGUCUGCACAGAUGGUAGAUGCUGCACUCCCCACAGAACCGCCACCCUCCCUGUUGAGUUCAAGUGUCCUGAUGGUGAAGUCAUGAAGAAGAAGAUGAUGUUCAUCAAGACCUGUGCAUGCCAUUACAACUGCCCUGGAGACAAUGACAUCUUUGAGUCCCUGUACUACAGGAAAAUGUAUGGAGACAUGGCGUAAAGCCGGAGACAGAGAUGGAGAGAGACAGAAAGAGAGAAAAAGAGAGACUAACUAGACUGUCAACUUGAAAAGUUUGCAUCUCAUUUUUUUGUAAACAUGAUUUCAGUAGCACACGUUAUUUAAACCUGUUUUAUUUAA